CUACAGUUCUGUCCUGCCUUCUGCCAAUUUUGAGGGCUGAGGCCAAACCCAGAGAUGGGUAGGCACCUCCUGCUGCCACUGCUGGUUAUCCUGUCCUCACUGCUGGGCUUCCUGCAAGCUCUAAUAUGUUUCGAGUGUGAUCGAAUCAAUGCCAGUGGGGUUUGUGUGAGUGGGGAAAGCUUCUGCCAGACUCAAGGCAGCCAGCAGUGCUAUGUGAGGAAGGUCUAUGAAGACGACACAGUUUCACAUGGAUACCAGGGUUGUAGCAGCAUAUGUAUUGAUAUGUGGCUUUUUAGUCACCAUGUUGCUGUGGAUUUGAAAUGCUGUCAUGACUCUUCUUUCUGCAACAAGUUCUAACGACAGGGCCCAGCUUCUGCCCUGAUCUGGUGGAUAAAGCUGAUUCGGCACACCUUUCAUCUAUCAUAAUCUUCAAGACUACUGUGACCUGAAUACAGGUUCUCUCCAAGAAGUCUCAGACAAGCUCUGUUUUCAGGCCCCAUUUCCUUUUCUUUCCCUCAUGUGGGAUGCUACCGGGAUAUCUUUAAAAGCAAAUUGGGGUGAAGGUUGGUGGUCAUAGCUAGGUCCAAGCACACUUUCUCCCUUUUCAGGCCCUAAUUAAGAGUCACAUUGGUUGCCACUUAAAAAGGCAGGGUCUGUGGGAGACGGUGAGGCUUCUAUUCUGGGUGCUCUGUAGGCAGUAGCUGAAGGAAGAGGGAGAGUUUUCAAAACCUGAUAAGAGUAGGAACAGUGAGGUGGCCCUAAAUGAUGUAUUAGUUCAGUUGGCUAGCUGCUAUAACAAACAUCUCUGAUAUAUCAGUGGCUUAAAACAAUAAAAAAUGAUUGCCAAUUCAUUUCACA